GGACUCCUGGGUUCUUUUUGAAUAGGUGGGACUGGGCUGAGUUGAAGCGAUCUGCGUGCCUGCAGCUGGAGUUCUGGGGUGGAGCAAAGGCGAGACUCCUUCCUAAUACAUCCGCAGUAAGGAGGAGGAGAGUAUUCCUGAGCAUGUGCAGAAUGCAUUUGCCUGCUAAGUAGCCCUUCUUGUCCCUUUCCUGACUUGUGAGCCAGAGAGCCUCCACCUGACAUCUGCACCUGCAGUACCUGCUCUCCUUUCAAAGGUCUCUGAAAGGCCCAGUGUGGCACAGAAGGCGCCAUGGCUGAAGCUGUCCACUACAUCCACCUCCAGAACUUUAGCAAGUCUCUCCUGGAGACGCUGAAUGGGCAGCGCCUGGGUGGACAUUUCUGCGAUGUGACGGUGCACAUCCAGGAGGCCACGCUACGCGCCCACCGCUGUGUACUGGCUGCUGGCAGCCCCUUCUUCCAUGACAAGCUCCUGCUGGGCUACUCGGAAAUUGAGGUGCCCCCGGUGGUACCUAGCCAGGUGGUGCGGCAACUCGUGGAAUUCAUGUACAGCGGCUCUUUGGUGGUUGCCCAGUCUGAAGCUCUGCAGAUCCUCACAGCUGCCUCCAUCCUGCAAAUCAAGACCGUCAUUGAUGAGUGCACCCAGAUUAUUUCCCAGAGUCGCAGCCCAAAGCCUCCCACUGCUCCCCCACCAGUGCCCCUCUCCGUCCCUAGGGUUCUGCCCUCCAAGCCCCAAGAGCAGCCACCCAAAGAGGUCAUGGGGGGCGUAGCACGGCCUGGGGACCUUGAGGCUGCCCACCUUGAACCACCCAAGCUGCUCUGCGCCUCGGAGGUGCGCUACAAGCUGCGUGACCUGCUCUCCUCCCAGCACAGAGAGCCCAGGGUGGCCCCCUGUGAUGGGGGCAUCAGUGAUGGGGAGGCAGGAAGCUCUUACCUGCACCCUGCUGAGGCAGCACCCAGCUGCCACAGCCGCAAGCAGCGCCAGCCAGUCAGGCUGCAGCUGUCCGAGACAAUGCCCGUCAUCAUCAAGGACGAGGAGGAGGCGGGUGGUGCAGAAAGCAGGGAAGGGGUGGUGACAGACCGGGAGGCCAAACUGAGCUGUUUUGCAGAGUGUAGCGGAAAUGGGAACUUCCCCGCCAGUUUCGGUGAUGAGGCAGAGGCAAAGGAUUCUGAGAAUGCUGGUGGGUCCAGUAGGAAAGAGAACAUCCACCUGGAUUAUGCCACAUCUGAGGGCCAGGAUUUCUUUGGGAACCAGGAUGUUUUUUCGGAGUCCUUCAUUCCAUCCUGGCAGGGGGAGGAAAGUGGCGAAGAGGCGGCGGCUGCACAAGAGAGGGAGAAGUUCCACUCAGACUGCAGUUUGGAGGCUUCCAACCUGAGGAGCUUGACUGGAGAAUUCAAGCCGGAUUUGGGCAGCCCCUCCACAGCAUUUCCGCAGCGCAGCACUAGCGGCAGUGGGGGGCUGACGUUUGUCUCCUCACUGGGCAUCCAACGGGAACUCAAGGCUGAGGUCAGUGGUGCCAACACAGCCACCAGCACCACAAGCAUCUUCCAGUUCCACUUGCCCCAGCCUGGUGGGGUGGCCCAGAGUUUCUACAGUAUCCAGCAGCAGCAGCAGCAGCAGCAGCAACCGCAGCAGGAGGCCGGUGCCAGCAACAUGGUGCAGCUGAGCCCCAGCGCCAUGGUCACGGGAACCCUGCACGGAGGGGAGCAGCCGAGUCAACAGCCCGGUCCCUCACGCUGUGCCGAGCCUUCCUACCAGUGUAGCCACUGCCAGAAAACCUUCAGCUCCCGCAAAAACUACACCAAGCAUAUGUUCAUCCAUUCCGGUGAAAAGCCCCACCAGUGCAGCAUCUGCUGGCGCUCCUUCUCCUUGCGGGACUACCUGCUCAAGCACAUGGUGACUCACACGGGAGUGCGAGCCUUCCAGUGCUCCAUCUGCUGCAAGCGCUUCACCCAGAAGAGCUCCCUCAACGUCCACAUGCGCACCCACCGCCCGGAACGCUUCCAGUGCUGCAUCUGCAACAAGUACUUCUCCCACCGCACCUUGCUGGAGCGCCACAUGACCACCCACACUGCUUGGAAAGGUGGGCAGCCUGACAUUCCAGGGCCCUUGGCUGUCACGGCUGCCUCUGCUGCUGACUGGAAGGAGAAGCCAAGCAUUGCUGCUGCCACCGCUUCUGCUGCUGAGGGAAGCAUUGCCGCCACUAGUGGCGCCUCAUGGAAAACAGCGGACUCAUCUGCCGAGAGCACCAUUGCCACUUGGAAAGCAGGAGAUCCAGCCCCUGGAGAAGCCAGUCUGGUCACCUGGAAGGGGGAGGCAACAGGGGAAGGGCCAGUUGCAGGCUGGAAGGGGGACCCGACUUCCGAGGCAUCCAUGCAGCCUCAUUCAGCCUAGGGCAUUUCCUGAUUUGCCCGCUGACGAGUUCACCUUGUCCAACACUCACAGCUCAUAGAAGGAAUAGGGCGCCAGGCCUUGCCUUGAGUCCUCCAGUGUCUGGAAAGGUGUAUGGUGUCCAGCAAAUGGAAUGCUCUCCACUUGGGACCUCGAUUUCUUCCAUUGCAAGGCAGUCCUCAGGGGCCAACAUGCCGAUGAGAGGCAAGUGGUAGAUUCUAAAGUGGAGGCUGGAGGUGCUGUUGUGUCCCCAGGUCAUGACUUCACUGGUGGAGGACAUGGCUGCGAAAGGGUAAGACUGUAGCUGCAUUCACAAGACUUUGCCAGUGCUGUUCCUAGCCUGCCUGUAGCUCCGUGACUAUGUUUUGCAUGCAAAAGAUAUAGAUCCUAUCUCCCAUGAAAGGAUCUCAGGUGACAGGUCUGAAUGGCCCACAUCUGAAAUCGAGCUUUUGACACUCGGAAUAGACAGCACCGAACUAGAUGGACCAAUAGUCUGCCUUGUCUACUUAAUGGUUCCAUAUUGAGCUACAGUGACUUGAUGUCCAUCAUGACAGGCAGUCUGCCACCGAGUGCCAGGGGCUCGGGGCAUGUGGACUUGCCAGUGGCACCUUACUUAUGACUGUGGGAAGAUAGAUAAUGGGGUACCUUCCUAUCUUCCCCGAUGAACUAUUGAUGUGAUUCACAGGAGCUGCUUUUUUGUUCAUUGCAACACUCCUCUAAAAUGGGAAAACUCUAAGUUCUGUACCAUUUUGUUGUGGUGGUGGUUUCGUUUUUUUAAGUGGGCAGGCUUGAGGAUGUCAUGUUUAUAGCUCGCAGCUAUUUUCCUCAACCUGGCACCCCCCCAGAUGUGUUGAACCCCAUCAUCCCCUACUAACAUGGACAUUAACAAGUAGACACUAAACAAUGUCAUUUUUUCCUUGCUACCAGAAAAGAAACUUAAAGUAUAAUUAGGGACUGGUUUUAUUCCACUAUCUUAUCUCAGAUACAAGUAGGAGAAGAAUAGCACAGCAUAAUCAAGUGACAAAGUUUUUUACACGUCUUUUUGUAUUUUCAACAUGAUUCUCUCCUUAAGAGGGGCUGAACCUUAGUACUCGAGUUCCUGCUGUGCAUGUGGAAGGCUCAGGUUCAAACCUCAACAACUCCAGGUAGGGGUAGGUGAUAAUCCUGAAGAGCUGCUAUUAGUCAGUGUUGACACUAUUUAGCUAAGCGAACCAAAGGUUUGACUCGGUACAAGACGGCUUCCCAUGUUCCUUUGGAAGACUGUCAUCCAGCACUUCUAGGAACAUCAGCUUGGAGAAGGGUGGCUUAGGAUGUUCUGGCUUGCAUUUCCAACAUAGAUGGAUUGCUGGGAUUUUCCUUCUUUUAUAAAGCAACUUCAUCUGUUCCCAAGUCCAUAGAAUCAAAGCUUGAUUCAAUAACCAAAGUAUCUGUGUAGCUUCCUACCAAAUUACCAGUCCUGUGGUAUGGCUGGAAAAAAAUGUGCAUUCCAUUUCCUGUAUUACCAGAAGUGAGCAGUAGGGUCAGUUCUGUCCAUUGUACUGCCACCUGGGUGGGAGAACACAAGCAGAUUACAAUAUCUGGAUUUCCCAUAUACAGUAUAUCACAGAAGUGAGUACA